AGUUCCAAAAGCUGACGACGGAACUGCUCUUAAACAAGCUUCUGCUGUUAUUGACACUUUGAAUCAGUGGGAAGUUGCUCCAUAUGUAAAAGCAAUGUGUUUUGAUACGCCACCUGUAAAUACUGGUAUGAUUCAUUGAAUUUUUAUAAAGUUUGUAUGAUUGAUUUUAUCUUGGUAUCUUUUUGUGAUUUAGGUAUUUACAAAGGAACUUGUGUUUUAAUCGAAAAAGAACUUGGCAGAAAAUUAGUAUGGCUUCCAUGUCGCCAUCACAUAAUGGAGAUUAUUUUGAGAGGAGUUUUUGAA